UACUUUUUUUCUACAGAACAGGAAGCAUCGACCUCAGAGUUGCACACAUCGCCACGUGUGGACUUGCGCCAGCUUCUGUGCAGCACCAGUGCACCCACAAGAUAGCGUCUCAGGCCUGGGGGAUGGGCCGUAGCACCCUCCUCUGUGCUUGUAACUGGGGCAAUGCACAGGUGCAGCCACAACAAGGGGGGAAAUGUGCCUGAUUCACAGCUAUCCGUUACACCGCCUGAAAAUUCAACAUGAGAGCACUACAACUCUCAACAUGUCAGGUGCCUAGAGAGAAACCACUGCACAGGGCUAAUAACAGGCGUGAUCUCAUGCAUCCGGGAGGGAUCAUGGGAUUAAGUGAUGUUACCUGCGCGCACACCUGAGGGGGAGGAGCCCUUUCCGGGAUCUGCCAAGACUCCACAGCUUCAGAGCCCGGAUCACCCUGGAGGAUCAGUCACCAUGUCCCUGGUGUUCCUGCUGCUACUUCUGCAUGGGGCGGUGCCAGGUAUGCGAGCGCUGUCACUGUGCGGAUGGAGGAGGCAGGAGAUUGGUGGAAACAACCUGCGAUAUUGUGGCAGCUCUGGAGAGAAUACACUGAGCGUGGUGAACACAGAGGAGGCCCUGAUCGUGCGUUCUCCUCUCCUCACCUCUGGGGACAUCCUCCUGCAGUCGCAGCCCGGCCCUUAUACGUUCUGCGUGCACUGGGUUCCUGCCCUGCGCCUCCUCAACUUCACCUAUGGAGUGACCAAAUCAUGGAAUGUGUCGGCCAGCCCCCAGCCCCAGAGUAACCUGCCCCCAUCAGAAGCACAACCCCCAUCAUUCACCUGCGAGCCCAGCUACCUGCUCAUCAAUGUCACCAUCAAUGGGCAACCAGUGGGGAACUCCUGCAACUUCAGCUUCCCCCUCCGGCCCACCUACACAGAUGCCAAGAGUGUGGAGCAUGAGAUCUCACAAGUUGCCGACUAUUUGGACAGGGACACUUUCUUUGACACUGGACAAGUGUUCCGUGGCUGGAUUGAUGCAACGUUGUCCAAGGUGACAUUUGAUGAGGACAGGCGCCAUUUUGGGAAGGGCUCUCUGCAGGCGGCUGUAUAUAAGCUGCAUUCUGCUGAGGUGCUGAGUUCUCUUCCUGAUCAUCUGGGCAUUUCUUUGUCUUUUCCCAAAGAGCUUCUGGAAACAAUGGACCCUGGUACUCGGCUGCAGGUUGUCCGAAUCCGCAGCUCUGGAGCGCUCUUCCAGGAUGCUGCAAACAGCACGGUCCUGGACAGUCAGGUGGUCGGCGUCACCCUGGAGGGAACACCCGUCUCUAACCUUCCUGAAGACAUUGUCAUCACCUUUUACCACCAGCCCUUACAGGUGCAAUCGUCUGUGGUCUGCGUGUUCUGGGAUGAGUUGUCCGAAAACUGGAGGACGGAUGGAUGCCGCACGGUGCCUGGUGAGGGCCACACCGACUGCAGGUGUAACCACCUGACAUACUUCGCACUGCUGAUGCAGGUGCCCGGGGCCGUCCUCCCGGAGGUCCACCUCAUCUCGCUGUCGGUCCUGACAUUCGCUGGAUGCAGCAUCUCCGCCAUCUGCUGCUUCUUCACAGUCAUCUGGAUCUGCUGCUCCGGGAAGAUGCAGUCGAACCCCACAUUGCAGAUCCAUGUGAACUUGUUGGGGGCAGUGCUUCUUUUGGACCUGGGCUUCAUCGUGAGUGCUGUGCUGGGAGCCCUGGAGGAGCAGGGCCCCUGCAUCGGAGCAGCGGCCACUCUGCACUUUGCUCUGCUCGGCACUUUCUCCUGGAUGGCCAUUGAAGGCUUCAACCUCUACCGGCUCGUAGUCAAGGUCUUCCCGGCCUCCUCUCUCACCACUGUGAAGCUGGCCCUGGUGGGCUGGGGGGUCCCUCUCCUUAUUGUGGGUGCCAUGUUGUUGAUGGAGAGUUAUGGGGUUUAUCACAUCGCCGUGGAGCGACCGUCUUCCUACAACUCCACAGCCUCCAUCUGUUGGCUGACGGAGCCCAUCAUCCAGCUGCUGAAUCUGGGCUUCUGCGCUGCCAUCCUCCUGUUUAACUUCUGUAUGAUGGUGGCCAUGACCCGCCGCGUCCUGCGACUCUCCGCACACACAAGAGCAGAGAAGAUCCGCCAUUGUGUCACGUUGCUGGGGCUCAGCUGCAUGUUGGGCCUGCCAUGGGGCCUGGCCUUCUUCUCACAUGGAGCCCUUUACCUGCCCAUACAAUAUAUCUUCAGCAUCCUGAACGCCUUGCAAGGUCUCUUCAUCUUCCUGUGGUAUUGCACACUGUCACAGCCUUCAGCCAAGAAGCCGUCACACUCCUCGGACUGUACAAGUGCAACCCCAGCCUCGCCCAGGGCCGACCAGAGCCUCAGCAGUGACCACAAGAAGCUCCUGGGAUGAUGGGAGUGCUCCCAAUGUCACAAGCACUUUAUGAAGAGUGGGAGCCCAUGGUCAGAACCACAGCCUGGACUGGCAGCCGCCCCCCGGGGCACUCUAAAGAACUACACUUUAUAAAAGUGACAGCCGCGCGGAGAGGGCAGGCUCCAGCACACGCACCCGGCAGCCAUUGUCCUGGUUUGUGGUAUUCGGGACAUUUUUACUGUUUGUGUUUUAAUUGUAGAAAUUUCUAUGGCAAAAAUUAUAUCUUAAUUUAUAGGAUCUGAUCUAGGCCAAAGGCCAGCCACAUAACCGCCCGCGCCCUGCAAAUUGUGUCCACAUCUAAUCCAGGAAAACGGAAAUGAGAUCUCCAGUAAAAUGUGGAACAUUGUGUGACCAUAUAUCCCCAUGAGAGCCGCCACGCCGAGCGAGGAUGUGAGGAGGGAAAUGGAGUAGAAACAGCGUAUAAAUAGCGUCUGGGACCGCGGCCAAUGGGAGCACACGCAUCUGCCAAGUCAUUCUACAGCAAAAAGCUGCGUGCUCGCAUCAUCACGGUGUACGGCGAUGGGUGCAUUAUAUGAUUGCGCUGUAAAUAAAUUUCUCCGGUUGUA